AUGGAGUUCGCCGAGUACAUCUUACCCGAUCCGAUCGUGAUUCAGCUAGCGCGGGAGCAAGAAUCACUAGAUAACAUCAAACAGCACUACAAUAAGUACCGCAACCAGGACGAGAAAUAUCAAGCAAUUUCGAUCAUCUUUGGCGUGAUUACCAUCGGAUAUGCGAUCAUUUUCUGUCGUGAUGGUCAUUCGGUAGCGGUACUGUCCGGUGAUUUAACGGUGGAGCAAUGGUUUGCCGGUCUGAAUCGAUUCCGAGCCGGACUAAAGAAGGUAUUGAUUACAACGAACGUUUUGUCUUGGGGCAUCGCCAUCAACCUGGUGGGCAGUGAUCGAAGCAUGAUGAUUUGCAGAUCAUUCGAAAAACACUUCCAGAAAAAGAUUCAGCUGCUAGACGCGGAGUACUCGGACGUUAUUGAAAAGAUCGGAUCGUAG